UUUCUAGCUUCAAAAGCUCUGACUUUUUUCUUUUUAUGUAAUAAAGAGCCUGUGUUGCGGAUGAAAUUCUGUUCUAAUCAUGUUUUGAUGGCAUACAAAGCUCGAUCGAUUCUGUUAAUAAUUUCAAAAUCGAAACCCUAGAAGUCCGAUAUUAUUGUAGUUUGUGAUUGCUAAACAAACCGUUCCGUUUCUUUUGAGGUCAAUUUUAUAGUUUCUGUUGCAAAUUUCUUCAGUUUUUUAAGGUCCUGUCUCGGUUUUAUGUUUGUGUUUCAUUUCUCCAUGUUUAGAAAUUUUCAGUUAUAUAUCUCGGUGAAUUUCUUUGUUGUUUGCUCUUUAGUGGAAGAGCUUUAAGGGGGUGUUUGGUAUAGGAUUGGAUUCAAUUUUAGUAGGAUUUACUAAAUCCUGUAAAUCCGGAUUUAGUAAAUCCUAAGCUCAUAAAUCCUAAAAAAUGUUUGGUAUGACAAAUUUUAAAUCUUGUUAAAUCCAGAGAAGUUGUUUGGCAACACAUCGCGACACGGGUGCCGCAGGAAGAAAUUCCGCAACUGUAAGUCGCGUUAAAUCCGAAUAGGAAUGAGAUUAGGAUUUAGACAGAUUUACUGGAUUUAUGCCGUAAAUCCAAAAAUCCUGGAUUAUUUACUGGAUUUAUGCCGUAAAUCCGUAAAUCCUGGAUUUACUGAUUUGCCGGAUUUACAACGGCCCGGAUUGAGUUUGGCUGGAUUUACGCUAAAUCCUACUAAAAACGACGGACAAAUCCUAUACCAAACACCCCCUAAGAAUCAAUGGUAUAAUUUUUUUAUUUUAUUUUUUUUUUCUGCUGGCAAAGCAUGUUCCAAGUUCCAACUAGGCUUUCUUGAGGGGAGAAUUUUAAAGUUUCAGAGAAUUGAAUAUGGAAGGUUGUAUUGUUCAGUUUCAAAGGCUGUGUCAGAGCAGAAGUAGAAGGCUAGUUUCAGUUAUGGCUUUGAUACUGUCUGUUCUUUUGGUAUUUCAAGCCUUCACACUUCCCUCUAAAAGAAUUUAUUCAACUCAAUAUCCUUCUUCAAAGCUACCAAAAGCUUUUGAUGGGGGUUCGCUAAACAAAGAAUUUUCCUCCCAAUCCCAAAGAGUUGGAAAGCCAUCUCUUUUCAGUAACUCGCAUGGGUCUGUGAACUUUUUGCAGCUUUCUAAGAAACCAGAUCUUGAUUCAAGUGUCAGUGAAAUAGAUGGAGAGUUGCAGAACAAUGACUCUGAUGAUGGUAACUGGCUGGAUGAUGAUGAGAACCCUGAUACCGAAUUUUCCGGCGAUCUUCGCAACGAAACCAUACUAAAGAAGGAUUUGGAUAAUGGCUUUCUUUUCAUGGAAGAUGGAAAUAGCAAAGGAAAUUCUCAUUUAGCUGUUGAGAAAACAAGAAUUCUAGAUAAUGAAUUGAUGAGCAUGCAAGGAGUAUCAAGUGUGAAUUCAAGCAAGAAUGCCAUACUUUCAGAAGAAACAGAAGCAGAUAUUGCAACUUUACUAAAUCAGCAGGGAAAACAAGAACUUAGUGAUAAUGAAAGCUUUCUGUCAUCUGAGAGUUUCCUGGCCCAAGUAAAUGUUAGUGCAAGCAAUGUAACUAUCUUGAACAAGAAGAAUAUAUUGAUGAAGCUUCCUCUAUCCAUGUCUGAAAUGAAUAGCCUCUUUUUCAAAAACCGUGCUUCGCGCCGCUCAAUGAGACCUAGAUGGUCAUCAGCACAUGACAGGCAGAUAUUAGCUGCUAAAACAGAAAUUGAGAAUGUUCACAUUUCAGAAAAUGAUCGGCAACUUUUUGCGCCAUUGUACCGAAACAUUUCAAAGUUUAAAAGAAGCUACAAACUGAUGGAAAAGACUCUUAAGAUCUACAUCUAUCAAGAAGGAGAAAAACCCAUAUUCCAUCAGCCAAUUCUCAAAGGUAUUUAUGCAGCUGAAGGAUGGUUCAUGAAACUGAUGGAGAGCAACAAGCACUACCUGGUGAAAGAUCCAAGUCAGGCUCAUCUCUUCUACAUGCCAUUCAGCUCUCGUCUCUUACAAUUGGCACUUUAUGUUCCUGAUUCCCAUAAUCGAACUAACAUGAGAAGGCAUCUCCAGAACUAUUUACACAUGAUUGCAGCAAAAUAUCCUUUCUGGAAUAGAACAGGCGGCGCUGACCACUUUCUUGUUGCUUGCCAUGACUGGGCACUUAAUGUAACAAAGAUAAUGGACCACAGCAUUCGUGCCCUCUGUGUUGCUGAUAUAAGCAUAGGAUUUGAGCUUGGCAGGGAUGUCUGUCUUCCUGAAACCAAUGUUCGUUCACUGAAGAAUCCUCUCAAAGAUCUCGGCGGAAGGCCUUGGAACCGAAGGCCGACUCUCGCUUUCUUCGCCGGAAACUUACAUGGCGGCUUUCGCAGUAUUCUUCUGAAGCACUGGGAGAACAAGGACCCUGACAUGAAGAUUUUCGGCCCAUCGACAUUUCGUGUGGGGAGGAGGAAGAUGACUUACAUUCAGUACAUGAAGAGCAGCAAGUACUGCAUCUGCCCCAGGGGAUAUGAGGUCAACAGCCCAAGAAUAGUAGAGUCUAUUUUCUUUGAGUGUGUUCCUGUGAUCAUAGCUGACAAUUAUGUGCCACCAUUCUUUGAGAUUUUGAACUGGGAGAAGUUCUCUGUUAUUGUUCCAGAGAAGGAUUUGCGAAGACUGAAAGAAAUACUGCUAUCCAUCACUGAGUCUGAGUAUAGGGAGUUGCAGAUGGGGGUAAAGAAGGUGCAGAGGCAUUUUUUGUGGAGCAACAAGCCUGUGAAGUAUGAUUUGUUUCAUAUGAUACUUCAUUCUAUUUGGUUGAAUAGAGUUUACAACAUAGAGUCAGAUGAUUGAUUGUUGCUCAUGUAAUUGAACAUCUUUUGCAGAGCUCUGAGCAGUUCUUCUGGCUAGAUAGAUCAAAUAUAAAUAUUGGUAUAUUUACUGAGAGGGAUCAAACAGGGUUUUUUUUUUU